AUUCACGUUUGACCCACUUUAAAUUUAUUUCCAACUACAAAAACAAUUCCAAUUUUAUACUAUUAUUUACAAAUACAACACAUAUUGAGAGAGAGUCACAAGAAUUACGACACUAAACCUAAACCCAAUUCUCGAGAAAAAAGAGAGAGAAAGAAAGAGAGAAUAUAUAAAUGGGAGAUGUACGGACGAUUGUGGUGGUCGUAGAAGAUAAACAAGCGGCGAGGACGGCGUUACAAUGGGCACUUCACAACCUUUUACGUCAAGGUGACGUCAUAGUCCUUCUCCACGUGUACUCUCCACCACCGCGUAAGAAGAAAUCCACGGCGGCGCGUCUCCUCCGCCGUCACGGAUACAAUCUUGCUCUCUCUUUCCGUGAAAUCUGUGACGCUUUCUUCAACACGAAUACUGAGAUCAUUGUAAGAGAAGGAGAUGAUGAUGGAAGAAUGAUUGCUCAAGUUGUGAAAGAGAUUGGUGCUUCGAUGCUUCUCGUUGGUCUCCAUCAGAACAGCUUUCUUUACAGAUGGGCAUUGAGUGGGAUCGAUGUAGCGAGAAAUUUCAAUUGCAAAGUAAUGGCUAUAAAGCAGCCUUCACCGGAACUUUCGAAUCCGGUGAAGGUUAAAGGAUACAAGACCUCUCAGGCGACGGCGACAGCGACUUCAGAUAGUUUAACUAAUUUUGACUUCUCCCAAAUUGAAAUUUCUGGAUUACAGGUUCCUGAGAUUCCGACACCACCUAAAGUGCCAUACAGAUUAUGUCCGAGUCCUCAUGCCAUACUCUGGAGAACAAGACCCCGGAGGAGAUCCAAAGACCAAUACGGUGUCGUUUCCUAGUCUAUGAUUUUUGUUUUUGAGACAAACCACCAAAACUUUACCAAUUCUUUUGCGUCAAAUAAACCAAUUAUACUCGAUACAAAAAAAAAAAAUCAUUCCAAUCACAUUAUUCUUAAACAAUGAACAGUUUUUUCAAACCCUCUUCCAAAAGUUUGGUUCGAGUGAUAAAGUAAAAAUGGACAACAAA